AUGUCCAAGGAACGCUCCAAGUCCUCCAAGGAUGCUCGCCGCCACACCGACCAACGCGCCGUAAAAGCACACAAUCACAGCAUGGCAAAGCUCAUCGACAGGCUCAGUAACAUCGAGAUAACCGGCAAGGACGAUUAUUCUGCCCCCAAGCUCCCUACAAGCGUCGCUGCUCACCUGAGCACAACCAGCCCGUACAUGAAGGCGGACGACGCUGGCUACACCAGCGAUACGGCUGGAUUCGCGGACACAGAAGCUGACUUUAACGCGCAUCGCACUCGCAAUAAAAUUCGUCAAAAUCGUCCCAAGGCGACGAAUGUCCCAUACGGCGCAAAGCGCACGACCAAGGCCUCCAAGGCCCUCGACGAGCGCAUUAAAAAUUCAAAGGUUCUGCACGCGCAACCGCUGCCGCCCGUCGAAGAGCUCCCACCAACGGCCGUUGACGAGUUGGCGGUAAUGUUGAAGACGAAGCUCGACACCAUUCAUGACAUCCAGUUCAUCGCUACCAUGCGGGUUCUCAACGACCCAUCUGUCAUCAUCACUUGCUCCUCGCCAGUCUUUACGCCUCAGACAGACCGCCUCGAAAUGGCGAGCGUGGCGGGGCCGCACGAGGACGUCGCCAAGGAGCCCUCGCCAGCGCCUUCCAAUGUGUCUCUUCCAUCUCUCGAGGAGGUUCUCCGAGGUCCAUCACCCUUUUCCUCUCAGUCCUCGUCCUACAGCGACGACUCGGUGGGCUCUAUGACCUUGCCGCCAAUUCAUCGCCCAUCUCGGCGUUUUGUCAAGGAGAACCGCAAUCGUCGUGUGUCUCCCUAUAGCUCCAACAAGAACGACCGCAAGAAAUCCAAGGCUCCUAAGACGUCCCGAGAGGAGCAAAUUGUCGAAAAAUUGUCGAAGAAGCCGUGUUUCAGCGACGACAUCCAGUUUGUCGAUGAACCUGGGCUCAACUUCGAGGCUCAGUGCGAGCAUACCCUGGAUGUGAUUCCACUCACUUACGAGAACAACUAUCUUCCCCACGACCACUAUCUCAAGGAAUUUGCUGGCUUCAGCGCCUCCAUUACCACACUCGCUACAACGCUCAGCACGCUUCCAUUUGUCCCAUCUGCCUUCGCCGACGUUCAAUCCUAUACGCUCAACAUUGGCAACACCUAUCUCGGUCCGCUCGGUCUAUGGCGCUCUACCGCCGUUGCGAAUGGACAGUUUCCUGGUCCACUGCUCAAGGCGAACAAGGGCGAUACGAUGCAGGUUACGGUGAAUAAUCAGCUCUGUGAUGCUAAUAUGCGCCGUUCGACGAGUAUCCAUUGGCAUGGCUUAUUCCAGACAAAGAAUUCGUACAACGAUGGGCCCGCAUUCGUAACGCAGUGUCCUAUUGCGCCAGACCAUUCGUAUACGUACAAUUUGAAUCUCGGACAGCAGGCCGGAACGUUUUGGUAUCAUUCGCAUCUUGCUUCGCAAUACGUAGAUGGUAUUCGUGGUCCACUGGUCAUUUAUGGUGCGCCAAUUCUUGCUAGCCACCAUCCGCUCAGCUCACACCCUUCUAGAUCCGCAAGACCCUCAUGCAAGCCUCUACGAUGGUACUUUGAAUCCACCAUCGAAUAUUGGAAUCUAACGCAGCCCGUAGUUGACGAUGAGAACACUAUCAUCGUCUUAGCUGACUGGUAUCACCGCUACGCCCCUCUCCUUCAAUCCGACUACCUCUCCCCUCAGAACACGGCUGCAUCCGACGAGAUUCCAGACGGCGGAACGAUCAACGGGAUUGGGCGAUACGUUGGUGGGCCACUGGUUCCCUGGUCGGUCAUCAAUGUCGAGCAAGGCAAGAGAUACCGCUUCCGGCUCAUCAAUGCCUCUGCCUAUGGCCUUUUCCGCUUUUCCCUCCAGGGUCACCGAUUUACCGUCAUCGAAGCGGACGGUGUGAACACGGUUCCUUACACUGCGGAUUAUCUCGAAAUUUCGGCCGGGCAACGGUACUCCAUCGUCGUAAACGCGAAUCAAGCAAUUGCAAACUAUUGGAUUCGAGCACCAAUGAUCAAUGGCGGUAGCACAAAUCCAAAUCUGGCCUCCACUAGGAACUAUGCCGUCCUUCGCUACGCCGGGGCACCAAACGCAGACCCGACGACAACACCGGGAUCCGCGUCUGGCGUCAAGGUUCAGGAAGUCGCGAUCCAGCCGCUCGAGAACCCAGGUGCACCCGGUUUACCAGUAGAUGGAGGCGUCGAUCGCGUGUUCAAUCUCGCGUUCACUCUGACGGCCGGCGACGGCGCGAACAAUGGCGUGGCGUGGAAGAUUAACGGCAAACAGUAUAAGACGCCCAGCGUCCCGACAUUGCUCAAGAUUCUUUCCGGUGCGACAAACGAAGGCGACUUUGACCCGACGGAAAAUGCGCUCGUGAUUCGGGCCGGGGAAACGGUCGAGAUUAAUAUCUCUGGCGUUGUCCAUCCUCAUCCGUUCCAUUUGCAUGGUCACACGUUUGAUGUCGUUCGUUUGAAUGGUGUGACCAACUAUGUCAACCCCCCAAGGAGAGAUGUGGUCACGACUGGACCUGGUACGACGACGAUCCGGUUCAAAGCUGACAACCCGGCGCCCUGGAUCCUCCAUUGCCAUAUCGAGUGGCAUCUCGAAGGCGGUCUGGCCGUCGUUUUCGUUGAAGACCCAGAGGGUGUGCGGACAGGUCCCAAUAGCUAUCAACCAACGGGUGAUUGGCAAAACUUGUGCCCCAUCUAUAAUGCCCUUCCUCAAGAACUCCAGUAG